UUGAUUGGAGGUGAUCAGGUGCAUGCAUAGAUAGCAUUUAUCUAAUCCUCGAGUUGCUCACUUGUAAGUUGUGUGUUUAUCUUCUUUCUCCCAAAGCCACUCAAUCCACCCACCUUUCCCACCCAGCAAAAGGAAAUCUAAGCGCAGAGUCAACAUUAACGUCAUACUUCGAAACCGGACCAAAUCUCUAGCAGAUCUUCCGCAAAAGUCGAGCAUACCGCAUAGUCUGCUCUGCUAUGCAGCAGCACGUACGCGGCACCCGCAUGCUGUACAUACGGACAUCAGUACCUAUAUGCUGUAUGCAUCUGCAACAUCCGUGCAUCGCUAGUCCAACCUUCCUUCUCUCCUCUCUAUACUCCCCCCCAUGUGUCCUCCAGCAUUGCCUCAUACCGCUCUUCUCCUAUCUAUACGGAGUACACCUGCUCAUCACCACCGCCGUUUCGUGCGCGAUGAACUGUUGGGUAGGUAUCAGAGGGGAUCAGGGAGCAUGCCAGUGGCUGCUGUGGACAUUGGACAAAGCUCGUAUGCAGGCAAGGGCGAAGAAGCAAGCAACGGCCGAGCGUGCAGCUGGAAUCUCCUUGCGCGAAGCGGGGUAGAGGUGAGGUGAGGUGGCAAUAGUACAUACACGAAGUGGUGAGGCGGUUGUGUCUCCUAUCCAGCCUAG